ACGAUGAACUAUCAGGAAAACGCUUAUUGAAAGGAAGCAGGAAAAUGAUAUUUGUGCUGUUGUAAAGAAUCUGUCAAAGUAACAGAAAUGACUUCAAAAAUAGUUGUCGCUGGUGGUUUGAUAGUUUUCCGACGAAUAACAAACACAAUAGAGUAUUUGCUUUUGAAAGCUUCUUAUGGAGAUUAUCAUUGGUCACCACCGAAAGGUCACGUUGAUCCAGGUGAGAGUGAGUUAGAUGCUGCAGUAAGGGAAACUGAAGAGGAAGCAGGCCUGACCAGAAGCCAGCUAACAUUACACCAGGAUUUCCAGUCAGUCCUUAACUACAAGGUUAGGGACAAGCCCAAGAAGGUGGUUUAUUGGUUAGCGGAGCUUCGCAGGGACUGUCUUGACACUGAAGUGAAGUUGUCUGAUGAACACACAGACUACAAGUGGCUCAAAAUUAAAGAUGCCAUGGAGUAUGCUGGCUAUGAGGAUAUGAAAAAGUCAUUAAGUGAAGCUGACGUGUAUGUACAAACGAAGAUUUUAGGAUUAGAUUCUAAACAGUGAUGAUGUAUUUUGCAUUUUUCAUAUUUUGCAAUUUGUGAUAUUGAUUUAUAUUAAAACACAAAUGGGAAACGGUUUCUUUUGAACUGUUAAAUUAAAAGUGACAUAUCAUUCACGAAUCAUGUUGUCAUAUGAUAUGAUACUUUCUUUUAUGUAUUUUUUUCAUUUUGUUGGGGAUAAAUUAAAAUUAUAAACAUGA